CUUUGCAGUCCUCCCGGAUUCCGGGUGCGGGUUCUUAGGACCUGUCUGAGGUGUGUCUUGACCUCCUGCAGGGACCGGGAGACUUGCGUCGCCUCACCGGGAAGAGCGAGCGUCUCCCGUGAGCUCUUGCGGCGCAGGGACGUCUGCUCUGGCUGGCUGGCGACCUUAGUUUCCGUGAUGAUCUGAUACUUCGGUGGCUUACCAUGGCCCAGCGGGCACUGUGGCUCAUACGUCACGAACCGGGAACUCCACUCGGUGGCACCGUCAGAUUCUCCAGACGAUAUCCUACUGUUGAAAAGAGAGCCAAAAUCUUGAAUGGACAGAGUUAUGUUCCUGUACCUGAAGAUGGUCCCUUUCUUAAGGCAUUACUCUUUCAACUUAGAUUAUUGGAUGAUGAUAAAGACUUCGUGGAGAGGCGUGAUAGCUGUUCAUACAUCAAUAAAUCAUCUAUCUAUGGACUUUUAGUAGGAGGUGAAGAACUCUGGCCAGUCAUUGCUUUUCUGAGGAAUGAUAUGAUAUAUGCAAGUGUUCCACUAGUUGAACAAGCUCUGUCCCCUCGCCCAUCUUUAAUUAGUAUUAGUGGAAUUUCACAAGGCUUGGAACUGCUUUUUGGGAUACAGGAUUUUCUUUACUCAAGUCAGAAAAAUGACACUGACGUAAACACAAAAUUGAGUCAAUUGCCUGACUUGCUUCUGCAGGCUUGUCCAUUGGGUACUUUAUUGGAUGCUAACUUGCAGAAUUCAUUGACUAGUAUUAAUUGCUCAUCUGUGACUCAGCCACAAAAACAGCCAGCAUGGAGAGUUGGAGCAUACAAAGGAAAACCACAGAUCUCUAUUUCUAUCAGUGAAAAAGUAAAAUGCAUGCAGUAUGGUAAACAGGAUAUAGCAGACACAUGGCAAGUUGUUGGAACGGUCGCUUGCAAGUGUGAUUUGGAAGGAAUCAUGCCAAAUGUUACCAUCAGCUUGAACCUCCCCACCAAUGGCUCUCCACUUCAAGAUAUUAUCGUCCACCCUUGUGUGACUUCUCUUGAUUCUGCCAUUCUGACUUCCAGUAGCAUUGAUACAAUGGAUGAUUCUGCGUUUAGUGGGCCUUAUAAAUUCCCAUUCACUCCACCUUUAGAGUCAUUCAACUUAUGCCACUACACUUCUCAGGUCCCUGUCCCACCAAUACUGGGUUCUUAUCACGUGAAAGAAGAAGAAGUACAACUAAAAAUAACAGUUAAUUUAAAACUUCAUGAAAGUGUAAAAAAUAAUUUUGAAAUCUGUGAAGCUCAUAUACCUUUUUACAACAGAGGUCCAAUUACCCAUUUGGAAUACAAAGUUAGUUUUGGCCAACUUGAGGUAUUUCGAGAAAAAAGCUUAUUGGUCUGGAUUAUUGGGCAGAAGUUCCCCAAAUCAAUGGAAAUUAGUCUUUCUGGAACUGUAACUUUUGGAGUCAAGGGCCAUAACAAGCAGCCAUUUGAUCAUAUUUGCAUUGGAAAUACAGCAUACGUAAAGCUUCAUUUCAGGAUCUCAGAUUAUACACUCACUGGAUGUUAUGCAGAUCAGCAUUCGGUUCAAGUUUUUGCAUCAGGAAAACCAAAAAUAAGUGCAUACCGGAAACUAAUUUCUUCUGACUAUUACAUCUGGAAUUCUAAAGCACCUGCUCCAGUAACAUAUGCGUCAUUGUUACCAUGAUUUUCUCAUAUUCAAAUGGGAUUUAGAUGAUGGUAACAUUCUGUAGUAAAAUCAUAGUAUUUUUGUUUCUUACAUGUAUUCAUAUCACCCGUGACUGAAAAAUCACUGAUUUCUUUAUCCAAACCUUCAUAUCUGUCAGUUUUAGUCUGAUACAAUGUGAAAAAAUAUUUUCAAGGCUAAUGUCUCCAUUUUUUUUUAAUUUUUUUUAUUUAUUUUUUAUUUUUUUUAUUUUUAAGAUUUUAAAGUCUCCAUUUUUUGUUACCCGCUGUCUUCAUGCCAGUAUGACUCAGAACACAUAAAAGUAGUGAUUCAUUUUGAAUUACAAUCAGUCUUGGGUCUCCAUGACAUAUGUUCUUUCCUGUCCCUGUGGCAGGCCUCCAGACUCAGUCCCAGCCACAACAGGGCCAAUUGUGGCAUCCUGUGGGGCAGACUGCGCUAGUCUCAGAACCCCUUCCUUCAGUAAGAGCUCAGCCUUCUCCUGGUGCAGUCUCAGGCAGCUGUCCUGUGGUUUGUAGUUGAUUUACAAGGAAAUUAUGUGCUUAUCCAAACCUCAGUACAAACAGCAUGCUUUUACAGAAUACCCAUGAUCUGGUUAAAAUAAUCAUAAAUUCUUUCUUUCAAAGCAGCCAGUGGAGAUAAUGUUCAAAUAGUAACCCACUCUUCAUCACCUCUCUCCUCCUGGCCAAUAAAAAGCCCUGCAUAAUUCUAUUUGAUGUUCUAGAGCUACUUUCUUUCUGAGACUGAGUCUCGUGGAGCCCAGACUGCCUGGGACUCACUGUGUAGCUGAGGAUGACCUUGAGCUCCCACUCAAGUGCUGGGAUUACAGUGGUGUAUCACCAUGUCCAAUUUAUGCCCUUCUAGGGAUCCAACUCAGCUUCAUGCGUGCCAGGCAAGCACCCUACCAACUGAGUUAUGACGCUAACCCCUCUCAGGCUCCUUUAACUGACUUAAUCUGCAAGAAUGACGUGUGUCUGAGAUGCCAGUCGACCUAAGAAGGCUGCAGUAACUUCAGAAGAGGAGCAUAGUCAUCUAUGAUUGUUUAGCGUCCUGGGACAAGGUUUUAAAAAUAAUUUUCGGUAUUAUACUCUUUGUUUGUUUGUUUUUUUUCAUUAAAAUCUGUUAAUGAAUGAACUCAGGUAAAUACUCAAAAGCCUUUUCAUGAGUAAAAAGUAUCAUUUAUACUUAUUUAAUGUAGCAUUUUUUUCUUUAUCUGUCCCUGUCAUUUCUUUUUACCAUCUUCUUGAUUCCUUCCAAACUACCUAGCCAUGCUCUUUAUCCUCUACCCAUUUCUCCUAUUACACAUAUCCUGCUUCAGAGCAGUAUGCUCUCGUCAAGUUGGACUUCAAGCAACCAUUAAAAAAACUCUAAAGAUCCUGAGAACUUAGCUGACACCAGCUGAAGCCUGACAGAAAAUAGGACUUGCAGAGUGAUCUCUAAUUAGAUUGAUCCUGGCUUCUGUUUCGUUUUUGUCUUUUUUAAAAUGAGUCUUCUUAAAAAAAAAAAAAAAAAAAAAAAAAAAAAAAAAAAAAAAAAAAAGGGCUUAGAAAAAGCUGCUGAUUCUUUGGAGGAGAGUUACAAUCAUUGCAGGGAAAGUGUGUGUAAACUUAGGACUCAAAAUCACUUUUUUAAUUAGGGUCGGUCCUCAUUAUACACCCUCAUUGCCUGCAAAGCAUUAUCAUAGCACCAAGUUCUGCUUUCACAGUCAUCCUAAGUAAGGAGAAGGGAGUAACUGCCUGACAAGGACAGUGACUUGCUGUCCUGACUGACCCAAAGGGAGUCAGCAGUAGAAAUUCUUUUGUGAGAAGAAAACAUUGUCCCAUAAUGGUUUUUUCUCACUCCUCAACUCAAAGCUUAACAUUUUACUUCAAUUUAUUAGUGAAGCCUUUUGGAAAUUUUGAUUGUACAAAUACUUAGCAAAUUAUACUAAGGUAGACAAGACACAUUCAUCUAGUGAGUAGGGAAAGAUUCAGUAUAUAAUCCUUGAGGCAAACUCUCUUCAUAAACAAAUUAGAAAAACCAGUGACCUCUAAUUUGACAUUUCUAGAAACCUGGGGAAAAUCUAGGGGUUCCUAGAAAAGCGUGGCGUGAUGGGGAACCAAGGCCAUCUGUUGCCAUUCCGUUCUGACACAACACUAGGAGCUAAGAGCCAGCCCACAUUUCAUCCCAUUGAGAUCAGCUGGGCACACUGAUGCUUUUGAUUUUGUCUAGAAACCUGUCACUUCAGGAUAAUUUCUGAAGACAAAGCUUGUUCCCAGUUUGGUAGGUGACCUGUUUAAUGUUUUCCCUGUGUCUGGGAACUCCUUAGUGUAAUUAGCGACCUUUGAACUCCACAACUAAUCCUGAGCUAUUUUGUAUUCCUUACUCAUCUUUAAGGCUGGACCUUUCUUUUCUUCCGAGUCCACUGCCACAAUUAAAGAAGAAACAGCUGCAUUUCAAAGGGAUUCCGAUUCCAGAAGCUUAAUCGUGAUUGACAUGUUCUUAUUCUAAGCUAUAAGACACUCUCAGAGUCCUUUCUUUGGUUAAAACUUCAAUCAUUUUCUAAAAAAUUAUCUCACUAUGGAUUUUAUUCAUUUUCUUUGAUAGCUAUUCUUUUCAUUUUUUUAACUUGAAAGGUGCUUUGCAUUUGCAGUGAAUAUGAGCAUCGACUUCCAGUGACAGAUUUGGAUGGUGUCAGACCUGCUCUAGAUACAAUAUUGCUAAAUUCCCUUUUAGUGCCAAAAUGUGAUUAUGAAACCUGAUAUCUAUGCUGUAAUUAUUCUUACUCAACCCAAAGGGUUAAAGAAAGUUUUAAAUAUCUGAGAAUGAACUCUAGAAAAGAUGGGUCAUGAUUUGGGUGAAACCUGUUCUCCAUUUUUUUUUUUUUUUACUAAGCAAUACUGUAAAGCCCACAAUGUAGUAGUUAAACAGUGGGGAUGUUUUGUACUGUUAAAUAAUUGAGCCUGUCAACUUAAAAGUAAAUAGGCUUGUUGGGAAUCUCAAGAGUCUUUAAAUUUUAUUUAAACAUUAGCCUAUCUCAAAAUCUUUUUCUUUUCAUGCCAUCUUAGUAUUUCUACUGUUACAAUAUUGUGGUCUUGAUUUCAUGUGCUAUGUUUAGCAGCAGACAUUUUGCACAUAGUAUCCAUUGCUGAUUUUUUUUUUUCUGUUAUUGUUGUUAACAAUAUUUAAAAACCUUUAACAGGCCUUCAGAUUCCUCCACUGCCCCGGGAGGUAGAUAGGUGGACUUCCUCUGCGGGGAUUGCUGCCCUAGUAGAGGAGUUGUUUCUAAGACAAAGGUCAAAAAAAGGAUGUUAAUAAACAGUCCUCAGGUUUAAGGGACUUUUUAGGAUUACAUCUUAAAUUCCAACAAAUCAGAUUUAGGAGUUGCUGAAAGUGAAAUUGAUCCAUCCCUCAUCCAAACUUUGCAAUACUUUCCUGUUCUGACAUCAUUUAGAUAGUUAGCUGUAUUAUCAGAUUAAAAACCAUUGUACCCGGCUGCUGAAAGGAGAAGGAGGCAAAAAGCUAAACAUGGGAUGAAUUCUGAACCUUUUAACCUGGCUGAAGUAUGUUGGUUGCUGUUAUGCAAAUACCUUCAAUCCUCUGCUAAGUUCCGUGGAAAUAAUUUUCUUGAAUGACAGGUUGAUUCAGCAAGGAUUCAGUCGGUGAUUAAUCCCCCUUUGAUCUGGGGUAUUCACUUAACUACCAGUUACCUCGUUCUGACAAAGUGCAACUGAGAUUAGGGAGAUCACUAGAACACUACCAGCCCGUGCGUUUAUUCUCUAUAACCUUUUAAAGCAAGGGCCAAGAAUGCAAUUUAUUCUCAGUUUUUGAAGAUGCAAAGUCCUGCCUGCUAAGUUAGAAAGUCAAUUGAAUACCAAAUGAAGUUUAUUUCUUACAUAAGAGAACAAACAUUUCUUUUUUUGCUCUGCCUAUCAAUGAUAUUAGGAAUCAUAGGCUUUGAAGAGAGAGAAAAACAAAGGCUACAUUCCAAGUACAGCUUCUUGUUUUGUGUCGUGUGCUAGAGUGCAUGCUUACUGCCCCCUGAUAACCCAAGAAUCAAAGGAAUGGCUACAGUUAUGCUGAAAAACACUUGUGUUUCAUGUGUCUUUGAAUCCAGCCACCCCCGGACCACUAGAAAAAACUCAGUGUAGUACAGAAAUCCAGCGAGGGAGACACGCAGCACACAAUCUUGUUAGCUUUUAUUUUCAUGAGGAAGUAGAUAGAACCUUGUAUUCUCAUUAAAAUAAUAACUGCAUUCAUUUCCCCAUAACUGGUGUCAUUGCCAAAGUACGUGAAAAGUCAUUCCCUUAAGUGUUUUCUGCCUUUUGCUUUAUCUUUUCUUCCAUAUAUUUAGACUUUGAAAUAUCUGUGCAGUUUUAAGAAAAAAAAUUCAGAUGUAUUUCAUGCUGUUUUUCAAAGAAUUCGUUUUUAAAAACUAUUAUCAGUGUUAGUAUUUAUUUUUCAAGAUGUCAAAUUAAAGAUUUAUUCCUUUAGUAUACUUCAUGUCCUAUAAAUACAUAGGUACAUAAUAUACAUACCAUUAUUUGUAACAAAAUUUGUUUUUAAUUUUUUAUCAAUGAUUAACUUUAUAAAUAAGGCAAAACAUUCUUAUAAAUGUUAUGUAGUUGCUCUUUUCCUAGUAGCAGUCUACAAUAAAAGUUACUGUUUAAAUCA